AUGCCAGAGCCCCGGGGAGCGGUGGGGACAAGUCCACGGGCUCCGCCGGCAGCCAGCCACCCUGAAGUGAAUCCGGCCCUGCGCCCCAGGGAUCAGAGGACCCAGGGGCAUCCGAUCCCCAGGCAGGAGCCCCAGCCAGGCCCCAGCCGGCCAAGCCCCGCGGAAAGGCCGACAGGAAUAAGCCAGCAGCCACCCGGGCAUCCACCCCCAAACCCCAAACUCCACCAGUGCACCGAAAUGGAGGACGCGAUGGGAGAAUUCGGGAUCACACCUUUGGUGAAAGAUGCUUCAACUUCGACAACCCUGGACGCUAUGGAAGACUCUGAGACCGCGCUGUCUGUGAAAGAUGCUUCAACUUCGACAACCCUGGACGCUAUGGAAGACUCCGAGACCGCGCUGUCUAGACCCCUGGGUCAGCUCUGUGUCAUCCAGAGACCCCUGAGUCAGCUCUGUGUCGUCCAGAAACCCCUGAGUCAGUUCUGUGUCGUCCAGAGACCCCUGAGCCUGCCCUGUGCCGUCUAG